AUGCUCUUAUUUCUUUCGAAAUGUUAUUCACUUAUUCUUUCGGGUAUUUCUUCAUAUAGAUUUUACAAGUAUUAUUCACACUAUUUUCAUUUCUUUGAUUUUUCUUCUGCUACUCCCAUCCUUACUUCUCCAUCCCCACUUUUCUUUCUACAUUCCUUCUUCCAGGUAAUUAUCCCUUGUUUCUUUCUUGUCUUUCGUUUGUCUUCUUUGCUUUAUUUAAUUCUAGAUGUUAAAUGUUUCUUUCUUUUCCUCUCCUUUUUUUUUUCUUUAUUUAUAAUUGCUCGUCACACAAUCAUCCUUUCUUUCUUGCAUUCUAUCUUUCUAGCUGCACAUCGUCCUGUCACCCUUUGUAGCUCUUUCUUUCUUUUUAACGAUAUCUUUCUGUCUUUUUUCCUUCUUAUAAACAAACUUGCCUUUCUUCUCACCUUAUUUUCUUUUUUAUUCCCAACCUUUUUUUGUCUUCCUUUCAUCUUUAUGUCCAUCAAAUUUUUCCAUUAUAUUUCUUUUCAUUCAAAUCCUCAUUUCUUUCUUUCUUCGUUAUUCUUUCUUGAUGCUUUCCCUCCUCAUCCCUUGUUUCAGUUUCUCGUCUGUCUGUCAUCAUUCUUUAUUUUUCUCUCUUUCGUUUCUCCUCCAGUUUGUAACGGAAGGAUGUGA